CCCAAGCUGCACUCUACGUCCAUCUUUAUCUGCGGAGUAUCCUCAAUCCUUUAACUCUAUCCUCUGAUGUCCGCUCAUACCACAGCUGAACAAAGCCCCAAAAGGCGAAGGAUACAUCUGGAUAACGAUUCUAAGAUGCAUUUCAGCUCAAUUCUUGAAGAUGGGACUUCAAAGAGCCAGGAAGCCCUCCUUCCUCCCCGCAGAGCAAGAGGGUAUCAGCUUGAGAUGCUAUCCGAAAGCCUGCGUCAGAACAUCAUUGUUGCGAUGGAUACUGGGAGCGGCAAAACUGAGAUUGCAAUCCUUCGGAUACAAAGGGAACUAGAACGAUGUCCUGCACACAAAUUUGUUUGGUUUAUGGCACCAACUGUUGCUCUCGUCGAGCAGCAGCAUUCAGCUAUAUCCAAGCAGCUACCUGCAUUUCAAACUCGACUCUUAACUGGGGCUGCUAAUGUCAGCCAUUGGUCUACAAAGAAGAUAUGGGAUGAUAUUCUUUUGAAUAUUAGAAUUGUCAUUUCAACGCCGCAGGUGUUGCUGGAUGCAUUAUCUAAUGGUUUUGUCGAUUUACAUACCAUAUCUUUGCUUGUUUUUGACGAAGCCCAUCACUGUGUUCGUGAUGCUCCUGCAAAUAGAAUUAUGCGGGAUUUCUAUCAUUAUCAUAGACAAGAAGAGGGUACUGAUGGUUUACCACAUAUCCUGGGUCUCACUGCAAGCCCGACCACGCGUGCACGUCAAACAGACCUAGAGGUACUGGAAAUAAACCUAAAUGCUGUCUGCGUGACCCCCAAAAUGCACCGAGAGGAAAUGAUGCAAUUCGUCCAUAUGCCUGAAUACCGCAGUAUUGAAUAUCAGCCAGACGUUCAGAAUUUUUCUUCAAUAGUGGAAAAGCUCUCUGUAAUCAUCAACGAGCUUGACAUUGAAAAUGACCCGUUUGUCAAAUUUAUGCGACGAAGAAAUGACCUCAAGAGCAGGCAGAGGCUUUUGGACGCCUUGGAAAACAAGAAAACACCUUGCCUUGACCAAUUGAAAAGAUGCCUUCGCAGGUCUAGAGUUAUCCAUCGAGAACUUGGUCCGUGGGCCUCGGAACGUUUCCUCACACGCUGCAUCAUGGGGCUUAAAAGUAAACAAACUAAUGCUUCAGGCCCACAGUGGGCAGACUGGGAUAGAGAAGAUAACUCCUACAUGCUAAAUGUUUUGUCUCAGGUAGUAUCCUCAACCGAAAUGGGCGUCCAGAAUCCUCCAGACGAGCUAUCCAGAAAGGUACACAAGUUGAUAGACUUCCUAGUGCUGGAGCAUGUCAACGGCUCCAUCGGAAUAGUCUUUGCAGAAGAAAGAACGAUAGUCAUCAUGCUUGCGCAGCUGCUGUCUUUACAUCCUCGCACGAAACAUAUCAAAACUACCGCAUUCUUAGGAAGCUCUGCUUCUGUUUCCCGGAAGUCAGAUAUAACGGAACUGCAUAACCCUAUAGACCAGAGCACUGCUAUAGAUGACCUUCGUACUGGAAAGAAGGACCUCAUUAUAGCAACCGCCGUUCUUGAAGAAGGCAUUGACGUCCCUAUCUGUGACCUUGUCAUUUGUUUUGAUCUUCCAAAGGACCUUAGGUCCUUUAUACAGCGCCGGGGAAGAGCGAGAAAGAAAGGGUCCAAAUUCGCUCUGUUUCUGCAUUCGGAAGAUCGUGCGACGUCUUCAGAACUACACUUGAUGGAAAAAACUAUGAAGCAACUAUACCUCGAAAACAAAAGAGCUCUUGAGCAUAUUCAAUAUCUGGAGAAUGUUGAAGAAGAGGGUUAUGAUGGCUUCCGUGUUGCAUCGACAGGGGCCCUUCUUACCCUUUCCAACGCUCGAAAUCACCUGUCGCAUUUCUGUGGGACUUUGUCCGCUGAGUUUAUCGCUACCGAUCCUGAAUUUGUGUUGGAAGGGGAUGAUACAACCGGAUUCUCCGCCAAAGUUAUCUUACCCAGUUUUCUUGAUCCGAAGUUACGCGAGUUCCGAGGCAUCUUACUAUGGAAGACCGAAAAAAUGGCAAAGAGAGACGCCUCAUUCCAAGCUUAUGUGGCAUUAUAUGAGGCAGGACUUGUUAAUGAUUACUUGAUGCCCGCCCACCAUCACAUAGAUGAUGAGGACGGUCUUGAGCAGGUUGAAAAACGGCCGAGUUUUGCGAAAGCGUUGGGGAGCCUAAAUCCGUGGGCAGCUAUUGCAAAGAAAUGGCGAGAAGCGAAACAUUUCUAUCAGAACCUCAUUGAGAUAUCAGCUGGCGCGCAAGCCUUUCCUCCCAUGGUUAUGGUCCUUCCAGUGGAACUACCCUGUGAUAUCUCAUUCAGGCUUUUUUGGAACGAACACUCCACUCUCCUGGUUUCUGUCAAGCGUGGUGGACAAGACUUUGCGGCUGACCUUAUUCGGCUUGCUGCGGAUACAACCUCAAUCCUUCUCUCAUCUUUGUUUUCGCAGAAGAUGGUCCCUGGUAGUCUAGACUUUUCUUGGUUAUUUCUGCCUCAAAUGGAGUCGAUUCCGUCUGCUAUCCGGGAGUGGUGUGACUCCGUUACAGGGACGAUUUCUUUACACGAUAUUAGGGACUGCGAUAUGGCAGGAUUUGAGAAUCCCGGGCUUGUAAGACCAAUGGACAAUACAGCACGACCCUGCACAUUUGAGAAAUUGGUAUGGCGGAAAUACGUCCCCGCGGAAACAUCAGAUGGUGCCAGUCUCAGCGAGCAGGUUACAUACGACCGCGAGGUUCCUCAUAUUGAAGGCAGAGUGUGGCCUAAGCGAACCGACUUUUUGCAUCGACUCGAACCAUCUAAUACAUCCAAAGCGCAUCACACUGCAAAGUGUUUCUAUCCAGCAAACAAUUGCUCUGUUGACAGGCUACCAGUUGAAUAUUCCCAGUUUGCAUUAUUUAUCCCUUGCUUAAUACACAGUAUUGAGAAUUAUUUCAUUGCUAAUGAGCUGGCUCAAACAAUUUUGCAUCCAGUUGGGUUCAGCAACCUCUCUCUUGUUUUGACAGCCAUCAGUUCAUCCGCUGCAAGAGAAGCUUCUAACUACCAACGCCUAGAAUUUUUAGGGGACAGCCUUCUCAAGUUACAUACCUCAAUACAGCUAGCCGCAGACCAUCCACUUUGGCCUGAGGGACGUUUGACUAUGCGCAAAGGUAACAUUGUGUCAAACGGCUACCUAGCAAAUGCUGCCCUACAAACGGGAUUGGACAAAUUUAUCCUCACAAAGCCUUUCACAGGCGCCAAGUGGCGACCUUCAUACAACACAGAUCAUAUUAACACCGGAGACAUGACAGAACCAACAAGAGAAAUGUCUACAAAGGUUUUAGCAGAUGUUGUUGAAGCUCUGAUUGGUGCAGCAAAUAUUGAUGGGGGCGAGAACAAGAUUUUGAAUUGCUUGAAAAUAUUUAUCCCUGAUAUCAAGUGGUCUCCGCUCAAUGAAUGCGUCAACAUUCUUCAUCACCAAGAGGAUAGUUUCAGCGAUGAAAACAACAACAUGUUAUCCGAAAUUGAGGGACUUGUGGGAUAUACUUUCAAAAAGAAGCCUCUACUCCUGGCUGCUGUGACGCACCCAAGCAGUAAAGGCUCAGGCCAUUCUUAUCAAAGAUUAGAAUUUGUGGGUGAUUCUAUCUUGGAUAUUAUUGUUGUCCAGGAACUUUUUGAAUCGCCGAGGUGUUUCCAUCAUUUUGACAUGCACCUUAUGCGCACAGCACUGGUCAAUGCAGAUUUCCUAGCCUUUCUGUGCAUGAAUGCAUAUAGAGAGGAAGACCGAGGCGAAGCAGUUGAGAACUCUAAGAGGAGGGUCACAGUUGCAAUGACAAAGCGGAGGGCUUACCUUUGGGGAUUCAUGAAGCACUCGGCUUCCUGGGAUAUCGUUAACGCUCAACAGAGGGCCGCAAAACAGUAUGAGAAGUUGCAUGAAGAAAUCGAUGAGAAACUGAGAUCAUCAAAAACAUAUCCGUGGACAUUACUGUGUCGGCUUGACGCUGCCAAGUUCUUCUCGGAUAUCGUUGAAAGUAUCCUGGGCGCAAUAUUCAUCGACUCUCAAGGCUCAAUGCCCGCAUGCAGGAUCUUCCUUGAGCGCAUUGGCUUGAUACCAUACUUAAAACGGGUUUUAUCGGAGGACUUAGACUUGAUGCAUCCAAAAGAGCGCUUGGGUCUCCUGGCUGGCACUCUCUCGGUCAAGUAUGAAACAAAACGUACCCAGGGUGUUGAGCCACAGCGUUGGGAAUGCGCUGCUCGUGUUGGAGACGAGGAGGUUGUACGAGUUGAUUGUAGAGUCAGCAGAGUCGAUGCCGAAACCACCGCCGCAGAAGCUGCCGUGGCCAUCUUGAAAACAAGGAAACUCCAAUCAGAGGCAAGCAACAAGGUUGCUGAAUGUGACUGAGAUGUUCUGGGGAAAUUGAUGUCCGUGCACGUUGGCUAGUCUACGUUGAGGUAUUAAUUGUUGGUUGGGUUCUAAAUAUUAUGCAGGAUGUGGAGGAGAAAUCUGAAGAAGCCUUCUGGUUGAAGCGGUAUGAACGAGAAGUUAGCUUGAUUAUUGGGUGGAUACAGGCCACACAAGAUGACCAAAACGUUUCGGCCCGCGCCCAGAGUGUUGGUUUCUGGUGCGGAAUAUAUAUAUAUAUAUGCAUGCCAAUGCUGCGUGUC